CAAAAUUAGGUGGGGACCAACAUUCCAAAUUCUAAGGAAACAUAUAAAUUAGAAAAGUCAGAUUCAUCCUCACAUCUUUUGCUAAUAGCAUCAUCAAAAUGAAAGUGAUCGCCCUUUUCUUUGUCGUCAUCGCAGUAGCUGCAGCUGCCCCACCAGCCGUUAAGGUAGCCAGCGGAGCUUCAAAAGAUGCUAUAAUCGUCCGUUAUGACAGUGACAACAUUGGUGUUGGUCCAUAUGCUUAUGCUGUCGAAACCAGUGACGGACAGGUAAAAGAAGAAAGGGGUGAAGUUGUCGACGCAGGAACCAAAGAGGAACACAUCGCAGUCCAAGGACGAUUCAGCUACCCAGGUCUUGACGGUGUUCUCUAUGAAGUAGUCUACGUUGCUGACAAAGACGGAUUCAGAGCCCAAGGAGCCCAUCUUCCAGUUGCCCCAUCUGCAUAAUAGUUGAAAGAAAUACUAUAAUUUUAGGUUAAAUAAAACAUGAAAACCCAAGCUAUA